ACCUCUCAACUCAAGGUCAAAUUCAUUACAAAGCGAAAUUCUUCCCCUUAGAACCUCUUCCAAAACCGACUCAUGAUUUUCUUGCCAAUCUUAAGGAGAAACCUUUUGAUCUUUCAACAUUAUAUGUUCUUAUUACAUUACAAGCUCCAAACGGUGGUUUUCCUCCUUCCGUUGCAUUAGCCAAUCUAUUUGGUUACGACUCGCAAGAAUCUCUUUUAAAAUUAUAUAAACAUCAAUACCGUGAAGAGCGAUUACAAAAUUGA